AUGUUAGUUCCAGACGCUGUUUACGCACUGAAUGGGUUUACCGAUUUAGACACGAGCACGUCCUUUAAUAUCAACGUUUGUACAGAGUUAGCCAGCUAUCUGAAAGAUUCAUUCAAUUUAUGUGAACCUCCUGUUGCAUAAUAAUGAUGCGCUUAGAGUGAAGAGAUUUUAAACGCUCCUGGAAUAUUGCGAGUCGGGUCAAUCCGUGGAUUUUGAGGAAUAACCGAGGUAGCGAUUACAGUCCUACGUCCAGUUAGCACAACACUUGGCAUUUUCUAAUCGCAAUUUGAGUCCAUGUUUUAGGACUGUGCAAUUUCUCAAAAAUGCAUCACCAACAACGAAUGGCUGCCUUAGGGACAGACAAAGAACUCAGCGACUUACUGGAUUUCAGCGCGAUGUUUUCUCCACCUGUAAGUGGGGGGAAAAAUGGACCAACCUCUCUUGGAAGUGGACAUCUCACAGGUUCAGGUCUAGAAGAAAGAACCAGCUCUGGGUCUUGGGGAAAUGGAACCCGCCCCAGCCCAUCAAAGAUUUAUGCUGAUAGUUCUCAAUUCACCCACAUGGCAAAUCUGGACGUUGGGUCACAUAACAACAUCUCCACUCCCUAUGUAAACUCCAGACUACAAGUUAAAACAGAGAGAGGGUCCUACUCUUACAGAAGAGACUCUAACUUGCAAGCCCGCCUUCAGCCAACCCAACUGGGAGGGGAGAUGGGAAUGGGCAGUCCAGGACCUCUGUCUCCCACCAAGCCUGGAUCCCACUACUAUGAGCACUACACCAGCAGCCUGGUGCGGAGGAGAGCACUGCACAACGGCUCUGCAGAUGUCCAGACAAAAAAAAUUCGGAAAGUUCCUCCAGGUUUGCCAUCUUCUGUGUAUGCCCCGUCUGCAAGCACCGCCGAGUAUAAUCAGGACUCGCCCAGUUACCCCUCAUCCAAGCCCCCUAGCAGCACUUUGCCCACCUCCUUUUUCAUGCCAGAUGGCCACCACGGCACAGAUCCAUGGAGCUCCUCCAGCACAAUGAACCAGCCGGGCUAUGGAGGCAUGCUGGGAAAUUCUACCCACGGCCCCCAGAGCAGCAGAUUCUGCAGCCUGCAUCCACAUGAGAGGCUUAGUUACCCAUCGCACUCCUCCGCAGAUAUUAAUUCCAGUCUUCCACCAAUGUCGAGUUUCCAUUGCAAUGGAACAAAUCACUACAGCACUCCAUCCUGCACUGCGCCCACAAAUGGAACUGACAGCAUCAUGGCUAACAGGGCAGCCAGUGGAGCAGCAGGCAGCUCUCAGACUGGAGACGCCCUGGGAAAGGCUCUUGCCUCGAUCUACUCUCCUGAUCACACGAACAAUAGCUUCUCAUCCAAUCCAUCAACUCCUGUUGGAUCACCGCCAUCAAUAACAGUAACAGCAAACUCAGCUGUGUGGUCAAGAAAUGGAGGACAGGGGCAGUUGUCUCCUAGUUAUGAAGCGCCACUGCACUCCUUGCCCCUCCAGCAAAGCCGUAUGGAAGAACGUUCAGAGAGGCUGGACGAUGCCAUCCACAUCCUGCGGAGCCACGCGGUGGGGCCAACUGCCAGCAUGACCAGUGGGCAUGGCGAGAUGCACGGCAUGAUGGGACAGUCACAGAACGGCUCCAUGGGCAGCCUGGGCUCAGGGUACGGCACAGGCCUGCUUUCUGCAAACAGGCAUUCCAUCACGGUAAGCCUGGUAGGGGCACAUCGGGAGGAUAGUGUGAGUUUACGUGGUGGUCACUCGCUGGUGCCCAAUCAAGUGCCAGUCCCGCAGCUCCCUGUACAGUCCGCUACAUCGCCAGGUCUGGGCCAGCCACCAGAAGCAUACCGCGUCCUUUCCAGUGGAUUGCACGGCCAGAGCACUUCAUCCAUCAGCUCUGAGAUCAAGUCGGAGGAUGAGGGGGAUGAGAACAUGCUGGACAGCAAGUCCCUUGACAUCAAGAGGGAUAAUGAUGACAAGAAGGACCUCAAGUCAAUUAAUAGGUCAAGAUCUAGUGCUAAUGCUGAUGAGGACCUGACCCCGGAGCAGAAGAUGGAGCGGGAGAGGGAACGCAGGAUGGCCAACAACACGCGUGAGCGUCUGCGUGUGCGUGACAUCAACGAGGGCUUCAAGGAGCUGGGCCGCAUGGUGCAGCUCCAUCUGAAGAGCGACAAGCCCCAGACCAAACUACUCAUCCUGCACCAGGCCGUAGCUGUCAUCCUCAGCCUGGAGCAACAGGUCCGAGAGAGGAACUUGAACCCCAAAGCUGCUUGCCUGAAGAGACGGGAGGAGGAGAAGGUGUCGCGGGACGGGCCCAGUCUUUCCAUGGGCGGGGCACACCACAACAUGGGCGAUGUCUCCAACCCCAUGGGACAAAUGUAAAGAGAACCUCGUAAAUGGUCCAAGUUGCCAAGUGACUCCAUCAAAAUGAUGAGUGACAACUUCCUUUGACAGUGUUGUCCAUUUCCUGCCAAUCACCCAGUGUUGUCCAAUUCCUCCCCCACCCCUUUUUAAGUACAAGACAGCAAAGGUACAGUAGCUUAGGCAAGACAGACACAAAAUGUUUUUUUUUUUCAGCAUUCCCCUUUUUGGAAAAAAAAACAUUG